CAGCUUACCCAGGAUUUGCCAUCCCGCGGAUCACCUGAACUGGAGGUUGCUGGCCAGUUCUCGGACUCCACCUCCGGGCUGUCAUUCCUACACCGAGCAUGGCGGCGCCUCUCCAACAAUCAGGACAGCCAGCUCAUGAGUGGUGCGCUAGGAUCCAGUGGAAAGGACCAGCUCCUGGCUACUGCUGGCGAUAACCCGUUUCAUGAUCAAGGAAAGCCGCAGAUUCCGUUACUUCCCAGAGCACGCGAGCUGCUCGCCCUGUACUUUGACGUUUGCAUUGCCACCUAUCGUAUGCUUCACCGGCCCACUGUUGAGGAAUGGCUGGUCACGGUAGUGCGAAAUGAUAGGUCGAAUAACGAAAAGCCACUCUGGGAUAGUCUCAGCCGCCCAAAGGCAGCCAUUGUCCUAUCAGCAUUGGCCAUUGCUUCAUUCCACGAGGAGAAAUCGAAAGUCAGCACUGCAGAAACCACUCAUUUCUCCCCCGUCAAUGCGGAACCCUCACUCCAACUAAGCGACGGGCUAUUUUGCGAAGCCGCCCGACUUACGGAUGCUGAGACCGGCUUUCCAAAAUUAGAAUCCGCCCAGGCACGACUCGUCCAGGUUCUUUACCUUCUGAUGUCCUCGCGUAUGAGCCAAGCCUGGUACACCUUCGGGCACGCACUACAGAUCAUUUCCGCCUUAGGCCUUCACCGCCGCGAGGACCGUAGGCGACCCUCGUAUAGACGGGACUACAUCGAAGAACAAUGUAGAAAGAGGACAUUUUGGGUCGCGUAUACGCUUGAUAAGUACCUAGGCGUCAUAUUUGGGCGCCCAAGGCACUACCACGAUGAUGAUAUCGACCAAGGCUUCCCGGAUCCAGUAAACGACGAAGACAUGACGUUGGAUGGUUCAUUGGAUCGCGGAACCGACGACUGCCACAUCGAGUCCCUCAUCUUCCACGCGAAGCUCGCGCAGAUUGCCGAGAAGAUAUCGCGCGAGGUGUAUUCCACCAAGGCCGUCCCCGAUGAUGAGCGAAUUGCAGCUUCCCAUCGCCUGGGCAGUGAACUGCAACAAUGGAAGGCGUCACUACCGGCCUUUCUGGGUGUAAUCAACCCUUCGAGCCUUAUCCCAAGCCUUCGCCGUCAAGCAACGGCAUUGAGGCUUUCUUACUGUCACGCUGUAAUGCUCGCUCACCGCCCAUUCUUAUUGAAAAGAUGGACUCGCGACCGACACGAGAUCCGACAGAUGGCAAGAGAGAACACAAAUGAAUGCGUGGCGGCGGCGCAAUCCGUGCUUGAGAGCGUUGACCGGAUGGCGCAUGAAGGCCGCCUCUUCCAUGCUUUCUGGUGGACACAUUACGUCUGCUUUUGUGCCUUGGUUGUUGUCUACGUCUGGGCGGUUCAGAAGAGCAAUGAUUAUUAUGAUGGCGCGGAGCAUAACCACACAAAGCUGUUCGACCAGGCGGAGCGUUGCUUGAACCACUUGGCCCAGGCGACAGCCACCAACUCUCCAUCUCGCCGAUAUAGCAUCAUCCUCCAGGAGUUACGUGCUGAAGCCAAGAGAAAA